UGACUAAUAUUUUCGAAAUUAUUGACCAGAUAUAUUAUAAAUGUUUUUCAAACGAUUUCCAAACGACACAAUAAUUGAAAACGAAAGUUUAUCAUUUGUCAAUCAAAAGUAGAAAGAAUUGAUUUUCAUUGCGAUUGGGUAGGCGGUGGGACAGGGAGGACAGGGAUGAUGAAAAAAGGAUACGUCUCUGUUCUUUGCUCGCACGUGUUGUAUCUUUCUGUUUUUUUCGUCUCCCAGCAUUAGUGUUAUGUUAGGCCGAAACUUCACACCAGGACAACCGUCAUUGUAUUUGUUUAUUUUCUGAAUGUUUCGUACGUAGAACUUAUCAGAAAAAUUCGCUCAUUCAGACCGCGGAAUUAUAUACUAACGAUUCGUACGAAAAUCGGAGUUCUGAAAAUGGAGCCCUGUACAAGUCGCCAAGAUUUAAUGAAUAACCUUCGUGAAAAAUAUCAAAAGGUGCGUGAUUUGUUGAGCUCACCGGCGGAGGCAAAGCUUCCGAGUGGUGAAAUUCCGUUAUCUCAAAAAAACGAAGCUGUCGAUGUAUUGAAAGGGAUGCAAAUACAAUUAGAGGAUGCAUUAAAUACGACGGAGGAGGGAGACGAGGCUUUGAUCGAAAUGCUAGCUGUCAUUUGGCUAGACAUCGGAAUAAUUUGCGUCGAGAAUGACGAGUUGACAACCGGUGAAGAGUAUUUGAUGCGCUGUAUCAACACGCUCUUAGGAAAAGAAGUAACUCCUCGCGGGAUUCUUGCUUCGAUAAGUGCACUCAAUCAAUUGGGAUUGAUUUCUUUCCAAUGGAGUAAAUCUAGUGAGGCGGAAGAAUUUUUGAAAAAAGCAGAAAGAAUUUAUAAAGAAUAUAUCGACUCGAAUAAUGGCAGUCCUGUUGCUAUGGCUGUUCUAUUCAACCUGAUCAAUGACAAAGAACCAGAUCCUAAUGAAGUUCUGGACAAACUUUACACGCUAACUCUUUAUUAUUUGGCCCAAAUUUAUGGGGUCACAAAGGAACAUUACAAAUCUGCUCAAUACUGUCACAUGACACUACAGCGCCAACUCAAUCAAACAGAUCUUGAUCCCAUUGAUUGGGCCUUGAAUGCAGCAACGCUUGCUCAGUUCUUUAUGGAAAAACAACAGUUUUAUCAAGCUCGACAUCACUUGGCAGCUGCAACUCAUAUUCUAACGAAAUACGAGGCUAAACUCAGUGAAUUGUGUAAGGAAGAAAAAGAGGAUGUUGUAGAAGCAAUGUGGGAACGCUACAGGCAUAGGAGCUCUGACGUUGCUCGCUGCUGGGCAAAAUAUGGCAUUGUUCUGAUGAACACAUCGCGUGAAAGGCUUAUCGAAUUAUCAGAAAAUUGUGAUGGCGAGAAAGGUGUCAAUGAUGAGUCCAGUGAAUUGAAUCCUAAUGAAAAAGAAAGUUUUCUUUCUGACAAAAUGACGUUUGACUCUUUAAUGGAAGAUAUAGAAGUAAUAACGAAUCGAGUCACAGACAAGUAUCUGUUGGAUUUCAACGAUGCUAGGAGCGUUUUUCUUGAUGUUCAAACAUGGCUGGAUGAAGCACAGAAAUAUUACACUUUUGAAACUCACGCUUCUGACUAUGUACAAAUCAUUCAGGACAAAUCUCAAGCUUUCAAAGCUUUGACGUUUUUUGAGGACGAUGAAGAAAGACAAGCAAAAAUGCACAAGCGACGUAUUAAUCUUUUGGUGCCAGUGGUUGACCAACUGAAUCCACGAUAUUAUCAUUCUGAAUGUCGACAAAUUUGGAUAGAACUUGCUGAAACAUAUUCUGCCAUACUGACAAUUAAAUUAGACAAAUUACAGGCGGUCGACGAUCGACCGAACCCUCAUGCUUUGAGCAAAAUUAACAGUUUGGCUCAAUCCGCUAUUGAGUAUUAUAAAAAAUUUUUAGAUUCGUUGAAAGAAUCAGAAAAUUCACCUCCUGUACAAAAAUUCUCAGACGACAUGGUUCGCCCUGCUUUAUACGCGUAUUUUCAUCUUGGUACAUUAUACAAUAAGAUGAUUACUCCUGACAAGACUGUACAACUGGAAAACGUGAGAAAAAGUUUCGAAGCGUACAAAUUUUUUGUUGAUUACUGCGAAUCCAGCACAGAACUCUCAGAGUCCAUGAAACACGAAUUAGUCGUGUGCAAAGAUUUAGUUAAUCUUUUACCAUUAAAAAUCAAUAAACUUAUACAAGUUAUUUCAACGAAGUAAUACAUAUUGUCAUGUCUCAUGAUGAGGCUGUUACAUUCACGUAUUUUGUUAUGCUCGAGCUUUAUGCAGAUUCGUUAGCAAUUCGAUAUUUUUUGUAAUAAUAAAUGGUUCUGCGUGUGUAUACUUCAUUUCAAUAUAAUACCAACGAAUGAUUGAA